GCGGCCAGGAGGAUGUGCGUGUGCCCCGGGCCCCGGCGCAUCGCGAUUCCCAUCCGGAGCUCCCGGCUGCCGCUGCUCUCGGAUGCCAUGCCAGCUCCAGCCCAUCUGUUUCCGUUGAUCCGUAGCUGCGACAUCGGCAGGCUCUGCAGCGCCGCCUGCUACUGCCACCACAAGCACCUGUGCUGCCUGUCGGCCCACUUCACCCAUGGGCACUUCAGGUGUGCACCUCAGAGGAAGUUYGCAGCGCUCUGCAGGCCCAAGGAGAACUUUAACCGCUUUAUUCACACGAGGGACUAUGCCUCCACCCCACAGAGGUUUUACCUCACUCCUCCACAAGUCAACAGCAUUCUGAAGGCAAAUGAAUACAGUUUUAAAGUCCCUGAGUUUGAUGGUAAAAACAUCAGUUCUGUCCUUGGCUUUGAUAGCAAUCAGCUCCCUGCCAAUGCGCCGAUAGAAGACAGGAGGAGCGCUGCCACUUGCUUGCAGACCAGGGGGAUGCUCCUGGGGGUUUUUGAUGGCCAUGCAGGCUGUGCGUGUGCUCAAGCUGUCAGCGAAAGACUGUUUUAUUACAUUGCUGUCUCUCUGUUACCUCAUGAGACUUUACUUGAAAUAGAAAAUGCUGUGGAAAGUGGUAGAGCUCUGCUGCCCAUAUUACAGUGGCACAAACACCCUAAUGAUUAUUUUAGCAAAGAAGCUUCCAAGCUUUAUUUUAAUAGUCUGAGAACUUACUGGCAGGAGCUCAUUGAUCUCAAUAGUGGAGAGACUACUGAUGUGAAAGAAGCUUUAAUUAAUGCUUUUAAAAGGCUUGAUAAUGAUAUUUCUUUGGAAGCUCAAGUAGGAGAUCCAAAUUCUUUUCUCAACUACCUAGUACUAAGAGUAGCUUUUUCUGGUGCAACUGCCUGUGUGGCCCAUGUAGAUGGUGUUGACUUGCAUGUUGCCAACACAGGUGACAGUAGGGCAAUGCUUGGGGUUCAGGAAGAGGAUGGCUCUUGGUCUGCARUUAAUCUGUCCUAUGAUCACAAUGCACAAAAUGAACAUGAAGUGGAACGUUUGAAAAUGGAGCACCCAAAGUCUGAAGAGAAAAGUCUUGUGAAGCAAGACCGCCUCUUAGGCCUCCUGAUGCCUUUUCGAGCUUUUGGUGAUGUAAAGUUCAAGUGGAGUAUUGAACUGCAGAAGAGAGUAGUAGAAUCGGGCCCGGAUCAGCUGAAUGACAAUGAAUACACCAAGUUUAUUCCUCCAAACUAUCACACUCCUCCGUACCUCACAGCUGAGCCAGAAGUCAUACAUCACAAACUAAGGCCCCAGGAUAAGUUCUUGGUUUUGGCCACAGACGGACUGUGGGAGACUAUGCACAGGCAAGACGUGGCUAGAAUUGUAGGGGAGUACCUCACUGGUGUUCACCACCAGCAGCCAAUAGCUGUUGGUGGCUACAAGGUAACUCUGGGGCAGAUGCACGGGCUSUUAACAGAGAGAAGAGCAAGGAUUUCCUCAGUCUUUGAAGACCAGAAUGCAGCAACUCACCUGAUCCGCCACGCGGUGGGUAACAACGAGUUUGGCACUGUGGAUCACGAGCGACUGUCCAAGAUGCUGAGUCUUCCAGAAGAACUGGCUCGAAUGUACAGAGAUGACAUCACAAUCAUUGUGGUGCAGUUCAACUCGCACGUCGUAGGCGCCUGUCAGAGCGAGCACCUGUGAAGYUCCACGCAGUGAACUAGUCACCAAAGCUGUAACCGUGGCCAGUACGAGCAGCAGAUUAGAAACAAWUUGGUUGCUUGUUACAUUAAACAUAUCUAUUUUUUCCUGCCUUUCCCCAGAGCUCUAAAUGUAUGGGAAGUGUUACUGACCCAAUAUAAACUUGAAGAGGGUGGCACAGCUUGGCAAGAGGCUUCUGUAAUAAUGUUGCACUAUUGAUUUCAUGAAUGCUGCUACAACAGUUGUGAAUUUGACAGGCCUAGAUAAGGGGUGGGGGGGAAGGGGGACACAAUUAACUAUCAAACUUUUCAGCUGUUCAGGAAACAAAGCCUGUUUCUCAACAUUUGUAAAUACCUGUGCACUCUCCUAAAGAUAAGACUAGUAAUAAGGAAUAUUGUAUUCUUAUAGGGCUAAUUCUUGCAAAAUAGAUGCAGUUGCUUCUCAAUAUUUGCUGUCUACCUUUUCCUCUAAACAGAGGAAGAUGAUUUUAAGUCAUGAAGUCAUUAAUGUAACAAUGUCAUUCACUUAAAGAUAUCUAAGUGACUUUCAAUGCAGGUCUAAGCCAUAUUYAAUACCUGAGAUUAUAGUUUAAUCAUAUAUUAUGCACAGUAACUUCUGAACUUUUUGUGCAUUAAGUUUCUUGGCUUGUGGGUUUCUGCACAACUUAUUAGGCAAUAAUUCAUUGCAGCCUUCAAUAACAUACUGGAUAACUCAGUUUGUGAAGGACUUCAGUUUGCAAUAUGAAGAAACUUUUAGGUUUCCAAAAAAAGUCAAUGUUGGCCAACACUGUUGGCUUCUGUAAAGUUCAUGUCCUUCAUGGACUCCAGUUCUGGUUCUUACUUGCCUGAUAAUAGGUUUUAUCAGGUCACCUGUAUGUGAUUUCCUUUAUCAUUGCUAAAUUCUUUGACUUUGUAGCUUGUACUCAGUUUCACUUUAGCUGUUUCAGGUGGUCACAUACUGGAUGUCUUGCCCUUGAGCUCAUUUAUAGGUCCGUCAGGAUGAAAGCUUCCAUUUACAAAUUGCAGAAAGAGGUAUGGCUUGUAAAUAGCUGGGCAGCUAACUAGCAUGCAUGUGUAUGUUUAAUGACUUUUUGUGGCAACUUCAUUAUUAGCAGCCAUGUAUUUCUAGGCAGCUGGCAUAUGCAUGUUCUUACAAUCCAGAGUGUUGUCACAGAACAGUCUCUUAAGUGGGUCUCUGGUUGUAAUGGUUGAAUGUGAGCUUAAAAGGUAGUGUCCUGGACUAGAAUGUGUGUGCCUGAAUCUUACAAUUCAGAAGUGCAAAGAGUAGGGGCUGACAGCUGAGCUAAUGGUCUUCAUUGUGUCUGUUCUAGGUAUGUUGCAUUGCACACAGGUUUUCUAACCCAUCCUGAAGUUAAAACCUUAAUGCUGGCUGAAGUGUCAGUCCUUGAUGACUGAGAACACCUGUAACUUGACUCCUGAGGUUUGCUAUAGAAACUCUGAAACAACUGUCAGUGGGCAGGUUUAAUUUUACCAAGAUGUUUUAAUUAAAAUCGCCUUUAUUGUAACUAAAUUAACACUAGGAAAAUGUAGCUUCCUAUUUUCAAUUGAGCAAUGUGGCAUUUUCUAAUAAAUAAAAAUAUUGCCAACUAAGACUACUAAUGCAUAGGAUACACUUAAUUUGACAAAUUGUCUGUAGUAAAUAUUGGCUCAUCAUACUUGCAGAUGCUGUGAGUACUUGGUGGCAUGCAGCUUUAAUAYGUACGUAUCUUCACCAAUCUCAAAUUCAGGAUCAGCUUUGUUGUCAAGUUAAUGAUAUCCAAGUYCACCAUCGUGAACAACUCGUCUUUAUCUGAAGGGAAAAGAGAAGCUGUAAAAUGCUUAGACAGGUGCUGCCUGUUGACAUUGGUCCUGUGUUGUGUGUUGGUGACUGUCAUUAGGUCAAUACUUGUUCUCUUAUCAUUUGGAUGCAGUGUAUCUAAACUGUUGCAGCAUUUAACUUUCAUACUUUUUUCUACUGUUAAAGCUCCCUUACAUGUAUUGACAUAUUUAACCCAUGAUUCUUGAUAUGGAUUUGGUACCAGUCAUAGCUAGAUGAACUGA